GUACUGUACAGUAGUUACUAAAUCAAACUUUGCAACAACCACAUCCGCUGGAAGUCGGCUGAACAACAUACCCAGCCUAAGAAUGACUCUCACAGUCAUGUCUGAUGAUGAAGCAGUUGCUGCCAUCACAGUACAUUCUAAACAAACAAUCAUACCUUCUUCUCGGCUCCUCGAUUCCAAUAAUAGUGCAACACCUGAAUUAACUAGCCACAAGCAGGUCCAGCAGCCAGUUCAACCAAACACUGCUCCCACAACAAAUCCACGCAAUGCCAAGCGAAAUGCAGACGACGCUGGCUGGAGUUCAAGUCUCUCAAAUCAGGACAAGGAUUUGGACAAUGAAUAUCAGUAUACAAGGUCAAGCGCCUUCAUCGAGCCAGCGAGCCAUCCUUCACAGAUAUUGAUUACACUUGUUCAACUCGUUCAUUCAGCACACACACAGGCGCAUACAGGUACACAUGAGGACUCCAUCAAUCAUGAUGUUGACGUCACUGAUGACGGCGAUGAUGAGAAUCACAACAACAGUGACGGCUUCCUGCAAGACAUCAAUGUGCAAGAUAUUGCUGUUCCCGGAACGGUUCGACGCCAGGAGAAAACUUGGGACGUCAACACGUUCUUCGGCAAGUCCUAUGCGCAUAAGGCAAAGGAUGGUAAGACAAGGAAUGUACGUGUGUGGAAGCUCAACAUGUAUCUUGGGGCCUCAACUUGGAAAGAAAAGUCCAUGGUCACUCCUACUGGGGGGUCAUCCGAGUAAAUCACGUGAAAAUGUUUCUUAUUGCGGCGAGGUAACAUAUAUGAUAUACGCCUGUAUUCAAAUAAAUAAACAUCAUUUUUCAUCAUUU